UGGCAUUUGUGCUGUGCCACAGCCAUGCAGUGCCAUGCAGAGCCAUUCCAUGUGCCCGCCCUGCUGGGGUUUCUGUUCCCCAUUUGCCCAGGGUGCUGCUGUUGAGAGGAAAAGGGAAGUGUUGCUCAACGGGGUGAGCAGAGCACCCACGGAUGUGCCAAGCGCUGGGCACAGCGCUGGGUCCCAGCACGCUGGGGCACCCACUGGCACCCUGGAGCACCCCAGCAGGUGCUGCGGAGAGGCCACACCAGCAGAGAGGACAUUGACAGGUGGGAACAGCACCAUGGCCAACCUGACGGCCCCCGUGAGCCCAGGGAGGAACGCUUGCACCUACCACGAGGAGUUCAAGCAGGUCCUGCUGCCCUUGGUGUACUCGGUGGUGUUCGUGGUGGGGCUGCCCUUGAACGCGGUGGUCAUCGGGCAGAUCUGGCUGGCGCGGAAGGCGCUGAGCCGCACCAUGAUCUACAUGCUCAACCUGGCCAUGGCUGACCUGCUCUACGUCUGCUCCCUGCCUCUCCUCAUCUACAACUACACCCAGAAGGACUACUGGCCUUUCGGGGACUUCACCUGCAAAUUCGUGCGCUUCCAGUUCUACACCAACCUGCACAGCAGCAUCUUCUUCCUCACCUGCAUCAGCAUCCAGCGCUACCUGGGCAUCUGCCACCCCCUGGCCUCGUGGCACAAGAAGAAGGGCAAGAAGCUGACGUGGCUGGUGUGUGCGGCCGUGUGGUUCAUCGUCAUCGCCCAGUGCCUGCCCACCUUCAUCUUCGCCUCCACCGGCACGCAGAGGAACCGCACCGUCUGCUACGACCUGAGCCCACCCGACCGCUCCGCCGCCUACUUCCCCUACGGCAUCACACUCACCUUCACCGGCUUCCUGCUGCCCUUCGUGGCCAUCCUGGCCUGCUACUGCAGCAUGGCCCGCAUCCUGUGCCAGAAGGACGAGCUGAUCGGCCUGGCCGUGCACAAGAGGAAGGACAAAGCCGUGCGUAUGGUCAUCAUCGUGGUCAUCGUCUUCUCCAUCAGCUUCUUCCCCUUCCACCUCACCAAGACCAUCUACCUGAUCGUCCGCUCCUCGCCCACCCUGCCCUGCCCGGCCCUGCAGGCCUUCGCCAUCGCCUACAAGUGCACGCGGCCCUUCGCCAGCAUGAACAGCGUCCUCGACCCCAUCCUCUUCUACUUCACCCAGCGCAAGUUCCGCGAGAGCACCCGUUACCUCCUCGACAAGGUGAGCUCCAAGUGGCGGCACGACCACUGCAUCACCUAUGGCUCCUAGGCGAGGACAAGGCCACCUCGGGGCCACCAAGGCACAGAGCAGUUUCGGUUCUAAGCUCCACAGAGCAGAGAUGGCUUCACUGGGGACAUCCUUGGGAGGAUGGCAUCUCCCAAACUUUCAGCCCAUCUCCAGCCUGCAGUGGUGCAGUAUGAACCCCAUCACAGGUCCAGUGUCCUCUCCCUGGCUCAGUCACUCGCUUGGAGCAGCUCCAAGCCACUGAUGCAAAAAAAUCCACUGGGACCGUGGAGAACAAGAUGGGACCGUGGAGGACACAUCACUGGCUCAGGAUGAGCUGCUGGGGAAUGAUUUCUCCCUGUACUCAACUAAAAAUUCCCUGAUGGGGACAGCAUGCAAAGGGUGGGGAGGGUUUGGUUCAGCCCAUACUGUGGGGCCAUGUGUUUCUCCAGCUCAAGGUCAGUGUCACGGAUGUUUUUUGCGUGGUGCUGGGACAUCCAUAUCCCCCAGUGCCCAGAAUGAAGCCACACCAGCAAGAGACACAGGCUCACUGGUAUUGCUGGUGCUGCAAAAUGGUGGAGGAGGUCCUCUGGAUGGACUGAGAACAGGCAAAGGGGACAGAAGGGCAGCUGGAACACCCAUGCUGGAUUUCCCACUGAAGCCAUGAUCAUGGGCUGGGUUAGGCACAAGGCAGCAGCAUUGUCACCUGCCUGGGCACCUUCAUCUGCAUCCAGCUCCCUGUUUAGCCCAGCACCCCAAAUCUGGCCCAUCCUGGUGUCUGUGUGCCCUGCUGUCACCUCCUAACCAGGAUCCACCACAAUCAGAGCCAGAACAGAGUUGGGAAACCCCUGACACAGAGAGCUACUCAGCAUCCUCAUCCUCAUCAGUGCACAUCCCACAGCUGGCCUGGCCUCUCCACAGGGUUGGGGAUUGAGUUUUUCUCCCACAGCCUCUGUUGGGAUGCUGCUCCCUCACAGCGAGGAGGGAUCUGCGAGGUGGAUGCACCACUCAUCGCUCUGCGAGCCUUCUCUAACAUACAGGAUGUAUAGAAUUAACUCCCUGCUCUUUCUCAGAUGGGUGUAUACACCCACUGUAUGUACAGACAUAGAAUACAUCCCAGCAGAGGGAGGUUUGUGGCCCAGCGCAGGCUCUGCAGUGCAGAAAUUCUCUGUCUGAACACAAUAUAUGUAUCUAUACAGUGUAUAUAUAUAAAUACAUACAUGGAUAACAGCA